AUGACCCGCAGUCCCCAGGGAGUCUCCGCCAACUCCAACCCUCGUUUGGGGCUCAGUGCCAAUUUUACCGGCACGACAUCUGACGAAAUGGAGCUUGGCAAGAUUCCCAUUGAUGGACUGACCAUUCCUGGAGGAAUCCUGGAUUUAGGGCCCGAGAUUGUGUUCAGCUGGGGUUAUGCAUUGGGUCCGAUUGUGGGCACUGCGGGCGUCUCGACGGGCGUGUCCAUCGGACUCGAAGACUCGGCAGAAUUGAAGAUUGACUUGACCUCUACGGAUGUGUUCGCAGGUGGCUGGACGCCCAAGGUUAUGAAGAAUCCGAUCAAUGUAGACGCUUCCAUCAGUGGUGGAAUCGAGCUCAAUGCUAAGGCUGCUAUUGAAUUGGCAUUGGAAGCGUUAGCAUCCGGCGCCGUUUGUCCAGAGCACCCGGAAAAGCACCAUUUCGGCGUCAAGGUUGCGCCGUCUGCCGGUGUUAAUCUGAAUGUCGAAGCCUCCGAAGAUGACGACGAAAGUGAGCCAUUCUUGAGCAAAGCCAUUGCUCUCCUAGUCUCUCACGAUGCCUCUCCUUUCCAUGUGUACCGGCUUCGGUUCGCCUCCAAACGCACCGGGCUCCCCGAGAAAGACUAUAACAAAGGCCACCUCCACCCCUCUGCCACGACCUUCUACUAA